AUGGGGGUGCCGGUGCCUGGCGAGAACGGGCUCUUGGGCGCGCUCUGGAAGAGGCUGAGCUGCCGCGUCGUCGGAGCCGGCUGCAGCCGAGGCGGCGGCGGGCGGCGGUGCAGCCUGGACGAGAUGCACCUGCUGCAGCAGAAGAGGAUCUGGGAGUCUCCACUUCUACUGGCUGCUAAAGAAAACAAUGUCCAAGGCAUCAGGAAGCUGACCAUGGAUGGAUCUUGUGAUGUCUAUCAAAGAGGAGUCGUGGGGGAGACGGCUCUUCACGUAGCCGCCCUCUAUGAUGGCACGGAAGCCGCCGAGGCUCUCAUGGAGGUGGCUCCAGAACUCGUCAAUGAGAGGAUGACGUCCGAACUCUAUGAAGGACAAACAGCUCUGCACAUCGCAGCCAUCAAUCAGAACGUCAACCUGGUGAAAUCCCUGAUCCGGAAAGGGGCUCACAUCUCCACUCCCCGGGCGACUGGGCUUUUCUUCAGACGGAGCUCCAAAAAUCUCUUCUAUUUUGGGGAGCACAUUUUGUCUUUUGCAGCCUGCAUGGGGAAUGAGGAGAUCGUUCAGCUACUGAUUGCAAAUGGAGCCGAUAUCAGGGCUCAAGAUUCUCUAGGUAACACGAUCCUUCACAUCCUGGUUCUUCAGCCCAACCGGAAUUUCGCCUGUCAAAUGUACAACCUGCUACUGUCCUUUGAGAAGCGCGCGGGGGGUCUGGCACCCUUGGAGUCCAUCCCAAACAACGACGGCCUCACUCCAUUUAAGCUGGCUGGUGUCGAGGGCAACUCUGUGUUGUUCCACCACCUCUUGCAGAAGCGGAAGCACGUCCUGUGGUCUUUCGGGCCUCUCACCACCAUCCUGUAUGAUCUCACAGAGAUUGACUCCUGGGGUGAAGACCAGCCUUUUCUAGAGCUGGUUGUGUCAACAAAGAGAAGAGAGGCCCGUCAAAUCUUAGACAUGACCCCGGUGAAGGAGCUUGUGAGCCUCAAGUGGAAUACCUAUGGCCGGCCUUACUUCUGUUUCCUGGGCUUAUUUUACAUCCUCUACAUGAUCUGCUUCACCACAUGCUGCUCGUACAGGCCUCUGAAGGAACGUCCAGACAACCACACCGAUGAGCGGGACAAUGCCAUCCUGAUCCAGAAAACACUGCAGGAAUCGUAUUUGACAUACGACGAUUGGCUCAGGCUGGUGGGGGAGCUGAUCACUGUGAUAGGGGCCCUGGCUAUUUUGCUGCUAGAGAUUCCAGAUGUCCUAAGAGUUGGCUUCACAAAAUAUUUUGGGCAAACCAUCCUCGGCGGCCCUUUCCACAUCAUCAUCAUCACAUAUGCGUGCAUGAUCUUGGUGACCAUGGUGAUGCGCCUCACGAGCACAGAUGGAGAGGUGGUCCCCAUGUCCUUCGCACUGGUGCUGGGUUGGUGCAACGUCAUGUAUUUCGCACGUGGGUUUCAGAUGCUGGGGCCCUUCACCAUCAUGAUACAGAAGAUGAUAUUCGGAGAUCUUAUGCGUUUCUGUGGGCUUAUGGCAGUUGUCAUUCUUGGCUUUGCAUCAGCCUUUUACAUCAUCUUCCAGACAGAGAAUCCCAGUGCCUUGGGGCAGUUCUACAGCUACCCCAUGUCACUCUUCAGCACCUUCGAGCUUUUCCUCACUAUCAUCGACGGGCCUGCCAACUACGACGUGGACCUGCCCUUCAUGUACAGCGUGGUCUACUUUGCUUUCGCCAUCAUCGCGGCUUUGCUCAUGCUCAACCUGCUGAUCGCCAUGAUGGGUGACACCCACUGGCGCGUGGCCAGUGAGCGGGAUGAGCUUUGGCGGGCACAGGUUGUUGCCACUACAGUCAUGCUCGAGCGGAAGCUCCCACGAUGCCUCUGGCCUCGCUCUGGUAUCUGUGGGCGAGAGUAUGGGCUAGGAGACAGGUGGUACCUCAGGGUGGAAGAUCGGGUGGAUGCCAAAAAGCAGAAGAUGUCCCGCUACGCAAAGGCUUUUAAGAGCCACGGCAAGGAAGACCCCGAGAAGCUAUCGGUGAAGCUGGAGCCGUACGAGGGUUUUCAGUUCAGAGAUGGACCCUCUCCCUCUGUCUCACGCAGCACGUCUCAGAGUAGUUCCCACCGUGGUUGGCACAUCCUGCGGAACAGCACCUUCAGCCGUCUCCGUGGAGAAGUCAACCAUGCCCUGGAAGAGGAAGUCUACCACAUUUGA